GUCAUCACACACAGACUCCAAACAAUCCCUCCCUUCCUUUGCCCCCUCUCACUCUCGCCGCCAUGGAAGCACCGCACCCUCAUCCGCCAAUGGACGUCCAUGAGCCUGCCCCGCCGUCCCCGCUCUUCUCUGACAUUUCCCCACACUUCCCACUGUCCAUUGCGGACGCCGGCGCCGGCGCGCUGGACCUCUCCUUCACCUCCACCGCCUCCGCAUCCACCUCCUCCUUCACCACCGCCACCACCUUCAGCGCGCGGAGCUCGCUCUCUCUGCCGUCCUUCUCCUCCUCCACCUCGCUCUCGCCGCGGCCGCACUCGUCGUCCACCUCCCCGCACUGGACGCACCUCGCCGCCGCCCGUGCCGCCACCCCGGACGGCGUCCUCCGCCUCGCCCACCUCCACCUCGUCCGCGAGCUCGGCCACGGACACCUCGCGCGGGUCUUCCUCUGCCGCCUCAAGUCCUCGCCGCCGGCCUCACCGCUCUUCGCGCUCAAGGUCGUCGACCUCCGCGACGACGAUCCCUCCCGUGUCUGCCACGUCCUCGCCGAGUCUCGCGUCCUCUCCUCGCUCGACCACCCAUUCGUGCCCACCCUGUACGCGCGCCUCGACGCCGGACGCUACGCGUGCUUCCUCAUGGACUACUGCUCCGGGGGCGACCUGCACUCGGUGCUCCGCCGCCGCCCCGGAGGCCGCCUGCCCGUCGCAGCGGCCAGGUUCUACGCCGCCGAGGUGCUGCUCGCUCUGGAGUACCUGCACGUGCUCGGCUUCGUGUACCGCGACCUCAAGCCGGAGAACGUGUUGCUCCGAGGAGACGGUCACGUCGUGCUCUCAGACUUCGACCUCGCGUUCCCGGCGUCCGUGGAGCCCGCCGUCCGCCGCCGGCAGGUGCGGCAGCAGAGCCGCCGCCGCAAGAGGAGCCUCCUACCGUCGUGCUUCUCUUCCAACCGCGGCAGCGACGAGGACGACGGUGACGCGAAGGAGCGGUUCGAGUUCGUGGCCGAGCCGACGACCGCCAACUCCAAGGACUGCGUGGGCACGCACGAGUACCUCGCGCCGGAGCUGGUGAGCGGGAACGGGCACGGCAACGGCGUGGACUGGUGGGCCUUCGGGGUGUUCCUGUACGAGCUGGUGUACGGGCGCACGCCGUUCAAGGGCCCCGCCAAGGACGUGACGCUCAAGAACAUCCUGUCGAAGCAGGUCACGUACCCGAAGCUGGACGGCGAGGCCGAGGCGGCCGCGCAGCUCAAGGACCUCGUCGGCAGGCUGCUCGAGAGGGACCCGCGGCGGCGCAUGGGGUCCGCGCGCGGGGCGGCCGAGAUCAAGCGGCACCCGUUCUUCGCGGGCGUGGACUGGGCGCUCAUACGGUGCGUGACGCCGCCGGUGGUGCCGGAGGCCGACGCCACCGCCGCGUCCCCCGCCUCCGCCGCCAGGCAGGCGAAGCUCGGGAGCUGGAACAGCCUGGGCGGCAGCAGCUUCAAGAAGAGCAGUAGCUUCAAGAAGAGCAGCAGCUUCGGGAGGAGGUCGAGCUACGAGGAGCGGCAGGGUGUAUUCCGCAAGCUGAUGAGUUGGAACCAUGAGAGCCGAUCCAAGAAGACCAAGACGAGCAGAAUGAAGCCAUGAAUCUGUUCCUGUGUUUUUUGCUGCGUGUGUUCGUUUUAAUCUGGUUAGGGUUCGUGGCGUGUAUAGAUCACUAUAGAGUGGAAGGGGUCGCGAUCGACCGGCGAGGCUGUGAGGUGGAGGAGGAGGAGCUUUGUAGUUUGUACAAAGAUCGAGGCGAUGUGUGUCACUGCGUUGACAUGGUUUGAUCCGUGCUCGUAUAUGGAGAAACUUCAUCCCUUGUUCA